CUUCCGACCUCUUCGAUAGACAAUCGACCAAUAUCUGCCUCUUAUAAAAACGAUUCUGUGUAUCGAUUUUUAGUCACUGUCCUAUGUCCGCUGCAUCAUCUGUCACCUCCACCAGAACGUCGUCCAAAAAGGGCUGGAUCGUGCAAAAAUUCGGGGGCACAUCCGUUGGGAAGUUCCCUGAGAAGAUCACGGAUGAAGUCGUGCAGGUUUUCUCCAAGUCCAACCGGGUAGCCGUGGUGUGUUCUGCCAGAUCGUCGCAGACAAAAUCCGAGGGAACCACCUCACGCUUGCUACAGGCCUCCGAUGUUUCCAUCGACGGGGGAGACUUCCAGGCUAUACUUGAAUUGAUUAAGGUGGACCAUGUUAAAAAUGCUCAUGAAAAGAUCUCCGACCACGCGAUCCAGCAGCAGUUGAUUGAAGACACCAUCCACGAGGUGGACCACGCCGCGGAGUUGCUCCACGCGUCGCAAAUCAUUGGCGAGGUGCUGGCGCGUACUUUGGACAAUAUCAUGGCCGUGGGCGAAAAAUUAUCAUGUUUGUUUAUGGCGGCGCUCAUGAACGACCGCGGGGUAAAGGCCCAGUACGUCGACCUCUCAGAGGUAAUCCCCAAUAAGCAGGAGGGCGCCCAUGCGCUCGACACCGAAUUCUACAUGUUUCUAGCCAAGGUUUUUUCCGAAAAGGUCAUUGAGCUUGAGCCAGACGUGGUGCCGGUGCUCACCGGCUAUUUCGGGACCGUUCCUGGCGGUUUGCUCAACGGGGUGGGCAGAGGAUAUACGGAUUUGUGCGCAGCUCUUCUCGCGGUAGGGCUCGGUGCGGAUGAGUUGCAGAUCUGGAAGGAAGUGGAUGGUAUUUUCACGGCCGAUCCGCGCAAGGUGCCAAACGCCCGUUUGUUGCCGGCCGUGACGCCGGACGAGGCCGCUGAAUUGACCUACUAUGGGUCUGAAGUCAUCCAUCCGUUCACGAUGGAACAGGUGAUCAAGGCGCGCAUCCCAAUUCGCAUCAAAAACGUCAUUAAUCCAACCGGCACCGGGACGAUCAUCUACCCGGACGAUGUGGGGAGACGCGGCGUGGAUACACCGCCGCACCCUCCUACCGCGUUGGCUGCCAUGCCACAGCAAUUCCUCCAGAAGAAGAAGGCCGCCACGGCCAUUACCUCCAAGAACGAAAUCGUCGUUAUCAACAUUCACUCCAACAGAAAAACCUUGUCGCACGGCUUCUUGGCCCACAUCUUCUCCACCAUGGAUAGGUACAAGCUCGUUGUGGACUUGAUCUCCACCUCUGAGGUCCACGUCUCCAUGGCGUUACAAAUCACCGCUGAAGGUGAGCAUGCUUUGCGCUUGUCCUGCAACGAGUUGCGUCUCAUGGGCUCUGUCGACAUCUUGAGACACAUGUCGAUCAUCUCUCUCGUAGGGAAGCAGAUGAAGCAGUUUGUGGGUAUCGCCGGGACCAUGUUCAAGACCUUGGCCGACUCUGGGAUCAAUAUCGAGAUGAUCUCCCAGGGUGCCAACGAAAUCAACAUUUCGUGUGUUAUCAACGAGGACGACUCCUUAAAGGCCUUGCGUGCUGUGCACUCGAAGUUGUUGGAGUCUUCGGUCGUAGAUCUCAGAUUGGAGAUGUUGCGGUCCGGUGGGUCUCAUUAGUUGAAAAUAGAUAAAAUGGCAGUCCUGUGUAUAAUGAAGUUAUAAAAUUCAAGAAAUGAUGCUCUCGUACGUAGAUAUGGAUAGCACAGGUUCUGUAUUUUGUUGAGACUAGGCAAAUAGAUAUGGAAUUGAUACCACAGACCAAGAGGUUAC